AUGAUGAUUCUUUUUCAAACAAUACUGUCUAUCAUAUUUCUCAUCAAUAGAUUUAUUAUAUCAGCAAAUAUAUCGCACUCAUCAGUGCGAUCAACAAUUAUUAUUGACGUCGAUAAAGGUAUUGCUCUUGAUAAAAUUGGUAUUUUUUCUGAAAAAUUUGAGGAAAAAAUACUUCAUAUGUUUAUACCUUUCAACAACUUAUGUUCUGAAUCUCCAAAUUCUGAUGUUUGUGAAUAUGUUCAAUCGACAGAUCCAGACGUUGUUGAAAUAGGAGCAUUAAUACCAUAUGGUACACAGACGCCCACAACAUAUAAUAAAGAACAAAUAUCGAAUAUUAUUCAAGAAGACUUUCGAAGAAUCAUUUUACAACAUAAAGUCGAUCGUUUUAUAGGAAAAACAAAAUCCAUUGUUUAUUUCAUUGAUGAUAAUUUUUAUAUAACUCGUAAUACUACUGCUCAAUCGAAAAUGCAAAUUCUGCCUGAAUUUACUAACAUUAAUUCACAAACACUCAUACAUCGUGUAACAAAUCCGGCUACGCUAGCUCUGGAACAAUUUUUCAAUAAUAAAGUUGGAUAUGAUUUUUUAACUGAUGAACAAAUUAUAGAAAUUCUACCUUUAACCAUUUCAACAAUCAAUGAAGCACUCACUAUCGAAAAUAUAAAAGAGAAUAUAUACAUGCUCACCAGUUUAAUUAUCGGACAAGCGGUAUAUGCAAUGAAGUCAUGUUCAAUACGACUCGAUGAACACAAGAAAAGUGGCCCUGCGUGUCUUGUUGUUUCAACAGUUUAUCGACGACUUCCGAAAGAAAGUUCAUCAUUUUAUCAAGUUUAUCGCUUAAUACCACUGCCAGUAUUAUUUCAAGGUGAAGAAUAUACCUACUCAAAUUUACCAACAGUAUUUGGUUAUAACAAUCUUGAAAAAAAAGUUAUAUUAUGGAAUAAUGAUGAUUUAUCAGUUGGUUGUACAUUUUCUAGAAUCGUCCAUUGUCGAAAUUUUCCUAUAAGCCUUUCUUUAUCUGCUGCCCCUUGUCUUGAAGAACUACUUAGUGUGGAAUCUUCAUCCAUUAGCAAAUGUCAAGUGAGCAAAUCAAAACCAGUUCAUCAAAAUAUUUUUAAUAUCAAAAAUAACAUUUGGUAUGCUUAUUCCAAUGAAGAAUCUUUUCAUUGUGAAUCACAAUCAUUAUUAACUGAAUUAUCAGAUAUUAUAACUAUUAAGGAGCCCAUGAUAUUAAAAUUGCCAUGUGGCAGACCAGUUCGAUGUUCAAAUGUUCAAUUGCCAUCUACUACAUGUUCAGAUACAACUGUUACACUUAUAACAAAAUAUAGUGAUAAUAAUAAUAAUAAUAACAAUAAUAAGCAAUUUAGUUCAGCUCUUCGCCUUUCCAGAAUUACUGAUCAACUUGUUUCUGCUUAUGAAAUUGCUGCUAGAAAUGAAUUUCAUGAAUUACAAACUGAAAUUGAUACUAAUCAAACAUGGAAUAAAAAAAUCAUACAAAAAUUCGGCAGCACUCUAAUUUCAUUUCUUUCUUUAAUAUUAAUAAGUGUUCUAUUAUUGAUUAUUAAGAUAAUUAAAAACAAAAUUACGAAACAAGUUCAAUACUUACAAACUGAAAUCAAUAAAAUACAGAGGGACUUUAUUGAUGAACUGUAA